UUGACACCUCGACCGUCAGGCGCCGCCGUCGGCGGCUUAUUGACACCUCGACCGUCAGGCGCUGCCGUCGGCGGCUUAUUGACACCUCGACUGUCAGGCGCCGCCGUCGGCGGCUCAUUGACACCUCGACUGUCAGGCGCCGCCGUCGGCGGCUCAUUGACACCUCGGCCGUCAGGCGCCGCCGUCGGCGGCUCAUUGACACCUCGACCGUCAGGCGCCGCCGUCGGCGGC